CCGUCGCUCUUGUCUUGACGUCAUAGCAAAGUGAUCACGCAUCAGUCCUUCGGUGCCGUGCCGUAGUGUAUUAUUAUUUUUGACGGACAUUGAUAUCUAUCCAUUUGCAAUACUUUCAUACACUUCAAAAAUAGUAGCGGGUUCCAUCAAUCAUGGAAGUGCAAAUCUGUCGCUCAUGUCUGGACACCUCGCCGGUCAUGAUCAAUAUAUUCGACAACGUUCCGGAACUGGAGAUCUCUAUCGCCGAUAUGAUAACCCAAUGCACGCCAUAUCAGAUUUCUAAGGGUGAUUCCUAUCCCGAAACCAUCUGCGAGAGCUGCCUACAAUGUGCACAAACGGCAUUUGAGAUAAGGCAAACAUUGGAGAAAAGCCACGAGACCUUUCGCCAGCUGAAAAAGGAUAAAUUGAAAGGGGAUGAUUCCAACCCUGAUACGGAAGAAAAACAGCACAAGUGUCCUCAGUGCCCAAUGACAUACACCCAAAAAGGACGUCUUCGGGAGCACAUUCGAUCCCAUAAGGAACCGCGACCGUACAAGUGUGCCCAAUGCCCGAAGUCGUUUCGCGACUCAAAGGGACUUAGAGAUCACAAGCGAACUCACACAGAAGACCGACCCUACGAGUGCUCCCAAUGCUCGAAGGCGUUUUCCCAGAAAAGUCAUCUUAAUGUACAUUUACGGACUCACACGGGAGAGCGACCAUAUAAGUGUUCAGACUGCACGAAGUCAUUUACACAGAAAACUCAUCUUCAGGCUCACAGCCGAACACACACGGGAGAGCGACCGUUCAAGUGUACUCACUGCUCGAAGUCAUUUUCUCUUGACUGGUAUCUUCGUAAACACAUCCUAGCUCACGAAGAAGAGCGGCAGCGCAGGCAUAAGUGUUCCGAAUGUCCAAAGUCCUUUUUCGAGAAAAGAACCCUUCUCGCACACAUCCGAACCCACACAGACGACCGGCCGUUUAAAUGCUCCCAUUGCUCGCAGUCGUUUUCCCAGAAAGUUAAUCUUCAGACCCACAUCCGCACUCACACGGGAGAACGGCCGUUCAAGUGUUCCCAGUGCUCUCAGUCAUUCUCCCGGAAUGAUCAUCUACUGGCACACAGCCGAACUCAUAUGGAAAAGGGACCGCAUAAGUGCUCGCACUGCCUCAAGAGGUUUUUCCAGGCAGAUGAGCUCAAGGAACACCGUCGAACUCACACAAAAAAACGACCGUUUAAGUGUUCAAAAUGCUCAAGGACAUUUGUCUGUAGAACUAAUCUUGAUUCGCACCUCAGAGUUCACAAGGGAGAGCGACCGCACAAUUGCUCGCAAUGCACAAAGUCGUUUCCCACUAAAGGUCAACUUAAGGUGCACAUGCGCACUCAUACGGGAGAGAAACCAUACAAGUGUUCCCAGUGCUCAAAGUCGUUUGCCCAGCACAGUACUCUCAAGACACAUAGCCGAGUUCACACGGAAGAUCGACCAUUUAAAUGUUCCACCUGCUCAAAGUCGUUUCGUUUUAAAUGUAAUUAUCAGGACCACCUUCGAAUUCACGAUAAGAAGUGACUGGAAUUAGUAUUCCGAUUGUCUGAAUCACAUGAAGGAUCUUUUAAAAAACAUUUGGCAUUUCCACAAACAAUGUCAUACAAUUAUAAUAUUUGUGCUGUAUAAUUUUUUUUUAAUUUAAAAGAGUAUCUAAAAAUUACUAAACCAAAUUAAAUAUAAGCAGUCCAUUCGUGUAAAAUAGGAAGCUACGCUAUAAAUUUCCCUUUUUUUAUAUAAUUUUUUGAUUGUCAACAUUAAUCACUUACUUGUAAAAAAACAAAAAUAUUUGAUUUAAAUGGUAAAUAAUUGUUUCAUCGCUUGUCUGUAUUUAUAUUCCAAAUGUACA